GGUGUAGUCUCUUUAACUCAUUCACGUGUCUUAUCGUUUUCCGUUUCCCCGUAGUUGUUUAGUGGACUAGUUCGGCAUCGAUUCGCAUGGCAUCAUCUGAUAGCGGAUUUUCCUUUGAAGAACAAUAAAGGCAGCAGCAGCUUCUCAGAAAGCGGACGCAAGAGAAGACAUGACACGUCCUCGCAUCAUCGGUCCGUACUGCUCUCACCUCUCUCUUUCAGCGCCCUUGGUUUGAGUAAAACUGCAGUACGACUGGAGUAUAUAAAGCAUGACAGCGGCGCCUUUCCUUCAAAAAUACAUUCACGCGCUACCCUUGUUACAUCUCUGACUGGAACGCACUCCACGCGACACGUCCGCGCGAAUAUUUGGCGUAAGCUGUGUUAAGCGGCAGCUGAGUUUGUUGACAGACUAUUCUUCAUCUCUUCAGAAGCUCUGGACAUCAUUGCAAUCAUGAAGUGUGUUUUACAUUGUGUAUUUUUCCUCCUGCUGUGGAUUACAGCCGGUACCAGAGUGUGUGCGUCUCAUCAAGGAAUUCCCCUGUCAGUUGUAAAACUUUGGGCUUCAGCGUUUGGUGGAGAAAUUAAAUCCAUUGAGGCCAAGUAUUCCGGCUCCCAGCUGUUGCAAAAGAAAUACAAGGAGUUUGAGCAGUUGGUGAGGGUGGAGGAGAUUGAUGGAAUCAAGCUGGUGAAGAAACUUGCUGGGAAAAUGGAGCAGAUGUUCCACAAGAAGGCCGAAGCCAUAAAGCGCUUGGUGGAAGCAGCAGAGGAAGCCCACCUGAAUCAUGACGAGGAUCCUGAACUACAGUAUGAGUACUUUAAUGCAGUGCUGAUCAAUGAGAUGGAUAAGGAGGGGAGGAGUUUGGAGCUGGGUGGAGAAUUCAUCCUGCAGCCAAACGAACAUUUCAACAAUCUGUCUGUAAACCUUAGCCUCAGUGUCGUCCAGGUCCCAACUAACAUGUACAACAAAGACUCAGCCAUAGUGAAUGGGGUGUACUGGUCAGAGGCACUCAAUAAGGUGUUUGUGGACAACUUUAAAAGAGACCCUUCUCUCAUAUGGCAGUACUUUGGUAGUGCCAAAGGUUUCUUCCGCCAGUAUCCAGGUAUGAAGUGGACACCCGAUGAACAUGGGGUUCUAGAAUUUGAUUGUCGAAAUCGAAAAUGGUAUAUCCAGGCUGCUACUUCUCCUAAAGAUGUGGUCAUUUUGGUGGAUGUGAGUGGCAGUAUGAAGGGGCUACGGCUGACAAUAGCUCGACAGACCGUCUCCUCCAUAUUGGAUACACUUGGGGAUGAUGACUUUUUUAACGUUAUUGCUUACAAUGAGGAGCUGCAUUAUGUGGAGCCAUGUCUAAACGGAACACUGGUUCAAGCUGACGUUACCAACAAAGAUCAUUUCCGUGGCCGUCUUGAUAAGCUCUUUGCUAAAGGGAUAGGCAUGCUGGAUGUGGCUCUGACUGAGGCCUUUGAACUUCUCAAUAAUUUUAAUGAGACGGGCCGAGGCAGUGUGUGCAGUCAAGCCAUCAUGUUGGUGACGGAUGGAGCUGUGGAAACAUAUGACGCUGUCUUUGCUCAGUACAACUGGCCUGAUAGAAAGGUGCGUGUGUUCCCUUACCUGAUUGGUCGGGAGUCUGCCUUUGCUGAUAACUUGAAAUGGAUGGCAUGUGCUAAUAAAGGUUAUUUUACCCAGAUCUCCACCCUGGCAGAUGUUCAGGAGAAUGUGAUGGAGUAUCUUCAUGUGCUCAGUCGGCCGAAGGUCAUUGAUCGAGAGCAUGACAUGGUGUGGACAGAAGCCUAUGUUGAUAACACUCGUCCACAGGCUCAAAAGCUGGAAGAUGCUCAGGGUCCUGUGCUCAUGACUACUGUGGCCAUGCCUGUGUUCAGCACCAAGAACGAGACUAGAAAUAAAGGAAUUCUUCUUGGAGUAGUUGGCACAGAUGUUCCGGUGUCUGAAAUACUGAAGGCCAUCCCCAAAUACAAGCUGGGAAUCCAUGGUUAUGCCUUCGCCAUCACCAAUAAUGGAUACAUACUCACCCAUCCAGACUUGCAGCCUCUGUAUGAAGAAGGGAAAAAGAGGAGAAAAUCCAGCUAUAGCAGUGUGGAUCUGUCGGAGGUGGAGUGGGAAGACAAGGAGGAUGAGCUGCGUAAUGCCAUGGUGAACAGGCAGACAGGAAGCUUCUCUAUGAAAGUGAAGAAGACUGUGGAUAAAGGGAAGCGUGUGCUUGUUCUUCGCAAUGACUACUACUACACAGAUAUUAAAGGAACUCCCUUUAGUUUAGGAGUGGCCCUGUCCAGAGGUCAUGGCAAAUAUGUCUUCAGAGGAAAUAUCUCUGUUGAAGAAGGACUACAUGAUUUGGAGCAUCCAGAUGUUUUAUUAGCGAAUGAAUGGACAUACUGCAACACAGAGGAACAUCCAGAACACAGUUUCUUGUCUCAGAUUGAUGCCAUCAAACUGUAUUUCAAUGGGGAACCACAUUUAAAAUGUGAUAAUGAUCUGAUUCAGGAAGUUCUAUUUGAUGCUGUUGUCACAGCACCACUAGAAGCAUACUGGACCAGUCUUGCUCUCAAUAAAUCUGAGAACUCUGAUAAAGGGGUGGAGAUAGCUUACCUUGGCACUCGAACCGGACUAUCACGCGUCAACCUUUUUGUGAUGCCAGACCAACUGACCAAUCAAGACUUCUUGACUGGAGAGAAUAAGGAGGUGGUGUUCAGUGCUGAUCAUUUUCCUCUGUGGUACAAACGGGCUGCUGAACAGGUGCCUGGAACCUUCAUCUACUCCCUUCCUUUCAGCGCAGGCUCUGAGAAUAAAACUGUGGUUUUGGCCAGCAGCGCUAUUCAUCUAUUGGAUGAGAGAGAGUCGCCCAUUGCUGCAGCUGUGGGUAUUCAGAUGAAACUAGAGUUCUUUCAGAGGAAGUUCUGGACUGCCAGCAGACAGUGUGCAGCACUUGAUGGGAAGUGUUCCAUCAGCUGUGACAAUGAUGAAAUCAGCUGUUACCUCAUUGACAACAACGGAUUCAUUAUUGUGGCUGAGGAUCUGUCUUUGACUGGUGUGUUUUUUGGAGAGGCUGAGGGAGCUGUGAUGAGCAAACUUGUUUCAAUGGGUUCUUUUAAGAGGGUGAAUCUGUACGACUAUCAAGCCAUCUGUAGGGUGUAUGCACAGACCAGUGAUACAGCACACACACUCUUACACCCCUACUUUGCUUUAUUCGCAGCUGUCCGGUGGCUUCUGACUGAGUUUGUCAUAUUUCUGCUUGAGUUCAACCUGUACAGUUGGUGGCACUCUGACCUCACCAUUAAGGCUCACAGAGGCGGCAGAACUAUGUUGGUUCCUUGUGAUAAAGAGUAUCCAGCCUUCGUUUCUGAGCGCACCAUUAAAGAAACCGUCGGGAAUAUUGACUGUGAAAGCUGUGUAAAAUCAUUUGUCAUUCAGCAGAUUCCCAGCAGUAACCUUUUCAUGGUGGUCAUUGACAAUGCAUGCGACUGCAGACUUGGGCCUGUCACCAUGGACCCUGUCGAAAUUAUGUAUAACGAGUCUCUGAAAUGUGAACGGCUGAAGUUUCAGAAGGACAGAAGGCGACCAGACACGUGCCACCCCUUCCAUCAUGAGGAAAACUCAAUGGAGUGCGGUGGUUCUGAGGGCUUGACUCCAUCGCUAACAUCUACAGUUCUUAUAGUCCUGAUUGUCGCCAUCUUUCCCAGGUGAUGAAAACAGACUUUGACCCGUACUCCACCUUGGUCGUGCCAGUUUCACUUCGUCCAGCAUGCAAAAAUUGAUUAUAUCAUAUUUAUUUUACAUUAAAAGACUAAACAAAUCAUCAAAGUCACUUAAUAGUCAGCUACAUAAAGAAUUUUUUUUUCUUUUUAAAAAUAUUGAUAUUUUAUGUAUUUAAUAGAUAAUAGGCAACAUUUUACAAGGCUACAAGAGACUGAUUACUGUGCUAAUUAAUUGAAAAAAAGUACAAUUAAUAAAUAUCUACAAUUAAAUAUAACUGUGUCAUAAAAUCAGCAUUCUUUUCUGAAAUAAGUAUUAUGAUUUUCAGCCAAACAACUGUGAUAAUGCAAUAGUAAGUAUAAAAAAGCUGAUGUUCUAAAUGAGCAUUGCCUUACAAAAACAUACUGCAGUUUGUAUACUUUUGAAAUAAAAUC